GUGUCCAGGCUGAGAGCCUUUUUAAAGCCGUCCAGUGGAGCCAGAGUGCCUUUUGUCUAUUAAUACGAUCAGGGGACUGGAGGAAGUGAAAAGCUUGAGAGUUUUUCUCUCAACCUCUGUGCCUCUUCUUCCUGCUGCCGCUGCUGUUCUCAAGGAGAACUGAACAGGGCUAUCGUUUCCCUCUAUUCUCCUCUGCUCCAGCAGGGCACACCGUUGACCAUGAAGAGCACGGGGAGUAGAGGAUGUCCGCAGAUGCGUUCGGAGCCGGUGGCAGCGAUGCCCAGCAAACCCUGCAGUCCUUUUGGCCUCGUGUCAUGGAGGAGAUCAGGAACCUGACUGUGAAGGAUUUCCGUGUGCAGGAGUUGCCUCUGGCCCGAAUCAAAAAAAUCAUGAAGCUGGAUGAGGAUGUCAAGAUGAUCAGUGCAGAGGCUCCAGUCCUGUUUGCCAAGGCAGCUCAGAUCUUCAUCACAGAGCUCACCCUCAGAGCGUGGAUCCACACAGAGGACAACAAGAGACGUACGCUACAGAGGAACGACAUUGCCAUGGCCAUAACAAAGUUUGACCAGUUUGACUUCCUGAUUGACAUUGUGCCUCGAGAUGACCUGAAGCCUCCUAAAAGACAGGAGGAGAUGCGUCAGUCAGUAGCUCCAGCAGAGCCGGUGCAGUACUACUUUACUUUGGCCCAGCAGCCCGGAGCUGUACAGGUGCAGGGCACACAACAGGGCCAGCAGCCCGGCGCACAAACGACCAUCCAGCCUGGACAGAUCAUCAUCGCUCAGUCACAGCAAGGACAGAUGCUGCAAGGUGCCACCAUGCAGCAGUUACAGCAAGUGCAGGUGCAGUCACAGGGCACACCCAUCACGAGUGCGCCCGUGGCCAUGCAGGUGAGUGAGGGCCAACAGGUACAGAUUGUCCAAGCUGCCCAGGGUCAAGCUCAGGCAGGUCAAGCCCAAGGCCAGACCAUGCAGGUCAUGCAGCAGAUCAUCACCAACACAGGAGAGAUCCAGCAAAUCCCAGUGCAACUAAACACAGGCCAGCUACAAUACAUCCGUCUAGCCCAGCCUGUGUCUGGAGCGCAAGUGGUCCAAGGACAGAUUCAGACUCUCGCCAACACCCAGCAGAUCACACAAGCAGAGGUACAGCAAGGACAGCAGCAAUUCAACCAGUUUACUGAUGGACAGCAGUUGUAUCAGAUUCAGCAGGUGACGAUGCCAGCAGGACAGGAGCUCACCCAACCGAUGUUCAUACAGUCCACCAACCAGACGGUUGACGCACAGGUCACGCAGGUCAGCACCGACUGAGCCCAACCAGGAAGCUUUUCCCCCCACACACACAACACGCAUACCAGCCCAUGUGAUGCCGACAGAUGUCACCAACUCUGACAAAGGACUCUGCACUGCUCCUGUAGACGAGGGACCCAAAAUCUUGUAACACUCUUUAUUUGUAAUAAACUUAGUACACUGGACAAAAAACAAAGGGACACUGAUUGACUUUCAAAAGUACAUGUUAAGUUGCAUCCAUGCUUACACACUGUUGGCCUCUUGUCACUCACAUCUGUAGCAGAAACAUGCAUCCACUGCCACAGUCCCUGACACCAGUCUCUCAUCUCUGCCCAAACCUCAAGGAUUUUUCAAAAAAUAAGUGUAUCCUUUAUUCCUGGCACUUUCCUUUCUGCUCUUUAUUUGGAAAUGAAUUGGAAAAGUGUCCGUCUCUGUCUACAUAACCUGCUCCUAGCAUAUUUGUGGCUGCAGGUAGCCAUGGGAUUCUUCACCUUUUUGCUUUCCUUCUGGGAAAACCUGAAGCAUACUCUCUUUAUUGUUUCCCAUGUAGUUGAUUGAUAAAAUGAAGCCAUAUACCUCAGAUAUCACCUUUUUUAUAGCAAGUCAAUCUAAGGGAUCUCGAGAAGAAGCUAUAAUGUUCAAUGAUAAUUUUAUGUAGUUUCUCUUUUGUGUUGUUUACCACAUUGACGAUGAAGCAUGACUUUGUGUUUUAAGGGCUUCACACUGUAUAGAUUAACCUUGUAUGUUAGGGUGUGUGUGGGGGGGGUGGUAUUUCAUGCCCCCACACCACACUCAUCUUUACUCUUUCAUGUUGUUCCUUUAAUUCACUCUUUCUUCACCCCUCUGUCUUUAGAGCAGGGAAUGUAUUCUCUGCCUCUAUGCAGUUUCACACAGCCCUCUCUACCCCGGGGGGUUUGGAGUCUUGUGCCCUGGUUGAAGUCUCAUGUACAAACAUGUGACUGCCUGAACAAAAAACACACCCUUUUAAUAAAACUCCCUUUUUCCAAUACAAGUUUUUCUUUUGGUUUUGGGAUUAUGUUUGGCCUCAUAUCUUCCCCCAUCUUUUUUGUACAGUAAUGAUUAUUAUCAAUGUUAUUAUUGUUAUUUUUGCAUGUAGUUCAAACUGCCAGCAUGACAUGCAAUAGAUAGGUACAAUUUUAUUUUUGACGUUCCUUUUUGUAAACAAUUUUGUUUGUGAGAAAAAAAAAAUAAAAACCAUAACUAAG